CUGGGGAUUGCAGUAGCCGCUGUUGCUGCUGCUCCCAGUCCUGCCCCUGCUGCUACCUAGUCCUGCCUCACUGCAUCCCAGAAGAGCCACGUUGGCUUGCCUUUCCCUAUUGGAUUUUCACAAGCAGCUCUUUGGGUUUUUGUGCUGUAGGAGACCUUGCUUUUCAAUCACACGGGAGAACACUGAAGCUUGUAAGAGGAGAAUCUGGCAGCUGGACACAGCUUGGACUGCAUUGUGUGUCUUCAUGACCCCUGCUGUGUAGCGGCUCAUCUUUUCACUCUCCCGCGUACACCCUCCUCGAUUUUAUUUCCUUCCUUUUUUUUUUUUUCUUUCUUCUAAUUUUUUUAAAGCAGCUUCUGGAGCCAGCCAUGUUUGGCACUGAAUCUUCAUUGAGCAUGUUUUUGAACACAUUAACACCGAAGUUCUACGUGGCCCUGACAGGCACUUCCUCACUAAUAUCAGGGCUCAUUUUGAUAUUUGAAUGGUGGUAUUUUCGCAAGUAUGGAACAUCAUUCAUUGAACAAGUGUCAGUAAGCCACUUGCGCCCCCUCCUGGGAGGGGUUGACAACAACUCCUCCAACAAUUCCAACUCCAGUAAUGGGGACUCAGAUUCCAACAGGCAAAGUGUCUCAGAAUGCAAAGUAUGGCGAAAUCCACUAAAUUUAUUUAGGGGCGCUGAAUAUAAUCGGUACACUUGGGUAACAGGGAGAGAGCCUCUGACUUACUAUGACAUGAAUCUCUCUGCCCAGGACCACCAGACAUUCUUUACUUGUGACUCAGACCACCUGCGUCCUGCAGAUGCAAUAAUGCAGAAAGCCUGGAGAGAAAGAAACCCCCAAGCUAGAAUUUCUGCAGCUCAUGAAGCCUUAGAGAUAAAUGAAAUUAGGUCCAGAGUUGAAGUUCCCCUAAUUGCUUCCUCUACCAUCUGGGAGAUAAAAUUGUUACCAAAGUGUGCAACUGCUUAUAUUCUCUUGGCUGAAGAGGAAGCAACAACCAUUGCCGAAGCAGAAAAGCUGUUCAAGCAAGCCCUGAAGGCUGGAGAUGGCUGUUACCGGCGUUCUCAGCAGCUGCAGCAUCACGGAUCCCAGUAUGAAGCCCAACAUAGACGAGAUACCAAUGUCUUGGUCUACAUCAAAAGAAGGCUAGCCAUGUGUGCCAGAAGACUCGGGAGGACCAGGGAAGCAGUGAAAAUGAUGAGAGAUUUGAUGAAGGAGUUCCCCUUGCUGAGCAUGUUCAACAUUCAUGAAAACCUUCUAGAAGCUCUUCUGGAACUACAAGCAUAUGCUGAUGUUCAGGCAGUCUUAGCAAAGUAUGAUGAUAUAAGCUUACCAAAGUCGGCAACAAUAUGCUAUACAGCUGCCUUGCUCAAAGCAAGAGCUGUCUCUGACAAAUUCUCUCCCGAGGCUGCAUCUCGGCGGGGGCUGAGCACAGCAGAGAUGAACGCAGUAGAGGCCAUUCAUAGAGCUGUGGAAUUCAACCCUCACGUGCCAAAAUACCUACUAGAAAUGAAAAGCUUAAUUCUACCCCCAGAACAUAUCCUGAAGCGAGGGGACAGUGAAGCAAUAGCGUAUGCGUUCUUCCAUCUGGCGCACUGGAAGCGGGUGGAAGGGGCUUUGAAUCUUUUGCAUUGCACGUGGGAAGGCACUUUUCGAAUGAUCCCUUAUCCCUUGGAAAAGGGGCAUCUGUUUUAUCCUUACCCCAUCUGUACAGAAACAGCAGAUCGAGAGCUGCUUCCGUCUUUCCAUGAAGUCUCAGUUUACCCAAAGAAGGAGCUUCCCUUCUUCAUUCUCUUCACUGCCGGAUUGUGUUCCUUCACAGCCAUGCUGGCCCUCUUGACACACCAGUUCCCAGAACUUAUGGGGGUCUUUGCAAAAGCUAUGAUUGACAUUUUCUGCUGGGCAGAGUUCAGGGACUGGAAUUGCAAGAGUAUUUUCAUGCGCGUUGAAGAUGAACUGGAAAUUCCAACGGCACCUCAGUCUCAACAUUUCCAAAACUGAACUCAUCACGCUUCUUCCCCCACCAGCAAAAGCACCCCUCCUCCUGUAUUCCCGACCUCCGCAGCAGGCGCUGCCGUCUGCCCGCUGCUCACAGAGGUGCAGCAGGCCUCCCAGGCUCCUCUCCCUCACUCUCCACAUCUACCGGCCUCAGCUCCCAGCCUGUCAGGUCUAACCUUCUACCCUACUAUGCAUUCAGUAAUGUAACUUAUCCCUUCUUACCCCCCUUCUCUCCCCGUAGCUUCUCUCUUAGUUUUGGUUUGGUUAUUUCUUGCUUGGACUCCACUGUCAGAGCCUUAACUGGUCUCCUUGCUUCCAGUCCCACCCCCUGCCAGUGUUUCUCUCCUACUGACACAAGAAUGAUCUUUCUAAACUCACAGUCUGAGCAUGUCACUUCCUUGCUUGAAUUUCUCUAAAGGUUUCCCACCAACUUCAGGAUAAAGUCGCAGAUCUUUAGCAUGGUAUGCAAGGUUCUUUAUGAUCUGGCCUUGCUUGCCUCUUCAGCCUCAUCUCUCCCAACUCUUGCAUAGACACUGCUCUUAGACGAUAGUGACUCACCACUCCCAGAUGCACAGGCUCUUCUACACCUCAGUGCCUUUGCACAUGCCAUUUGCUCUGCAUGGAGUGUCCUUCCCCAUCACCACCUUGGCUUGUCCACUCUACUAACUCCUCUUCACUCUUUUAUACUCAGCUUUCUUUCUAAGUUUCUCAAAAUCUGAGUUAGACGUCUCUCCUCCAUGAUCCCACAGUAUUCUAUGAAUACCUAUGUUACCACAUUUAUUGUACAUAAUUGUUGAAAACUUGUCCAUCUCCCUUUUAGAAUGUGAGCUCCGUGAGGGCAGGACUGUGUCUUCCUCAUCUCUGUAUCCCCAAGGCUUUGCACAGUGCCUUGCACAUAGUAGGUUUUCAAUAAAUGAUUAUUAAAUAAAUAAA